AUGACUACUCCAGAUCCGAAAUUAGUUGAAAAACUGAAGAAUAGGAUUGACAAUGCUGCCGUUCUUGUCUUCAGCCAAUCUACAUGUCCCUUCUGCAUUAAGGUCAAAAAACGUUUCACUGACUUGAAGAUUCCAUUCGGCUACUUGGAUUUGGAUCUAAAAGCAACUGGAUCGGAAAUCAAGAAGGCAUUAAAGGCAAUCUCUGGCAGCCACACUGUUCCCCAGGUCUUCUUCCGUGGAAAGUUUAUGGGUGGCUGCAGCGAUGUGGAGAAGAUAGUGGAUGACGAAUUGGUUGCGCUGUCACAGAAAAUGGAAUAUGAUUACGACCUGCUUGUUAUCGGUGGUGGAUCCGGUGGUCUGGCCCUCGCCAGGCCCAAACAAAACCACUGCGUCCUCACUGAUGCUUUUUCCUUGUCUUCCUCUUUACUAAUUGGCCGUUCUGCCUUUCUCCUGAAGUAG